AUGGCUCCCAUCCAGAAGUCCUCGAAAACCUUGGAAGCCCUGGGAAAAGAUUGGCUUGCCGCCUUGAUCGGUGGCAUUUUUGGCCUUACCGGGCUAGUUCUAAUCCUGGUAUUUUGCCGUUGGCUGGUCAAACAGCGUUCCCGCCAAAACUUGCUUAAUCGCCCACAAAAGCUCCUCAACUCGUUCUCCCUCGAAGACAACCGGGGGAUAAAAAAACGGGAGAAACGGGAGAAACGGGAGAAACGCUGGUGGCGCCGUGUGAUGCGCAAGAUGCGCAAGAUCCUCCGUGUUCCACGAAUGACUUGGCUACAACAUAUGCUUAAGCCUCGGAACAACAGCCAAAAUCCAGACACAACCCAGCCUUCAGAAUCAACUAGGCGUUCAGACAAUGGACAGGAUUCGAACAAUAUCGAGCUCCCAAAUAGAGGCCAGUCUUCAAACACAGUCCCGUCCUCGAACACAGUCCCGUCUUCAGAAACAGCUGAGCGUCCAAAAAAUGGACAAAAUUUGGACGGGAACCAGCCUUCGGGCACAGCUCAGCAUCCAAACAACGGACAAAGUUUGGACACGGGCCAAGAUUCAGCAAAAGCCAUGCCUCAUCUGACUGUUCUUUUCAACAGUUCCGCAGAGUCGGGUUAUCUCAACAGAAUUAUGCAAGAAACUGUGGAAACCCGUUAUUGUACCAUCGAACUCCUUGCACCACCUUCCGGUCACAGUCUGCCACCCCAGCCUUAA